AUGGACGGGGCGGCGGCUGCUCCCUGCUGCAGUGCUGGAUGCCUGGGUCGACUAGCGGCGGCGGAGAGCCGGAUCGGAGACGCCGAGACGGAGUCGAUUGCGGCGGGCGGAGUGAGAGAUGAGGAGAGGAAUUGCGGCGGGCGUGGAGGGUCGGGAUGGGAGUCCGAGUCUGGAGCUCUCUCUGUCCUGGGCCGAGCACGCGAGCUUCUCAAAUCCCAAGAAGAGGAGAGGAGAGGAGCCCAGCACGUCGGGACCAGCCGGCCGGCCUGCAUCUCGUCGUCGUCGAUGACGGCCGGGACCAUGCGCUUGCUGGGCGGGGAGGUGAGCCCGUUCGCGGCGCGGGCGCGCCUGGCGCUGGAGCUGCGCGGCGUGGCGUACGAGCUCCUGGACGAGCCGCUCGGCCCCAAGAAAAGCGACAGGCUCCUCGCCGCCAACCCGGUCUACGGCAAGAUCCCCGUGCUGCUCCUCCCCGACGGCCGCGCCAUAUGCGAGUCCGCCGUCAUCGUCCAGUACGUCGAGGACGUCGCGCGGGGAAGCGGCGGCGCCGAGGCUGGCGGCCUGCUGCUGCCGGACGACCCAUACGAGCGCGCCAUGCACCGCUUCUGGACCGUCUUCAUCGACGACAAGUUUUGGCCGGCGCUGGACGCCGUCUCGCUGGCGCCGACCGCGGACGCACGCGCGCAGGCCGUGGUAGACACCCGCGCCGCGCUAAACCGCCUGGAGGAGGUGUUCAAGGACCGCAGCAACGGCGCGGCUUUCUUCUCCGGCCGCGACGCGGCGCCGGGCCUCCUGGACCUGGCACUCGGCUGCUUCCUGCCGGCGCUCAGGGCCUGCGAGCGGCUCCACGGCCUCUCCCUCAUCGACGCGUCCACGACGCCGCUCCUGGACGGGUGGAGCCGGCGCUUCGCCGCGCACCCGGCAGCCAAGCGCGUCCUGCCGGACACGGACAAGGUGGUGCAGUUCACGAGGUUCCUCCAGGAAAAGUUCGGGGUCCACGUGUCAUGAAUGAUUUUCACUGCGUAUAAAUAAAUGGAAUAAGGUUGUCAAUGCAUAUUUUGAAAUUUGCUUGCAACAAAGUCGGUACGUAAACAGAAA